AGAUAAAGACUUACUAGAAAAACCGUUGGCAACUCUGUGGAAAAACUACACUCAGUCGUCUCGCGCUGAUAUAAGGAUGCAACUAACGGUGAGUGGCGGUGGACUAAGGGCCACUACUAAGGAUCAUGGACUAACUGAAUAUUGGGCUCAUCGAUUAACAACAUGCGCAACUCUGCCGCAGUUUCCAAGGCUCUUUUGUUGGGUUUACAGACACGAAGGCAAACGAUUAAGACACGAACUAAGGUGUCACGCAGUAGUAUGCUCUACUUCAGCUGUAGCUAAGCAAAUUGAAGACGAGUUGAAGCACUUUCUAGCGCUUGCACUAUUCGAAUUCAAAAGGGAUAAAUUAUCUAGGCAAAACGCCAGACUUUCGUUGGUCAAUUCGGUCUACGAGAAUCCAACCAUACCAAGACGGAAAAUCCUGCUCAGCACCGGGUCGCACAACUAUAAACCUCCUCUUGAACGAUCGAAAUCAGCACCCAAAUUAACCAGUAUCGAAGAAAUUAUCGAAGAGGAGGAUGAUGCAUUUGAGAGCCCAAAAAAAUUGUACAAAGAAAUUUUGAAACGUUGCGAUAUCACGGAUGAUCUACCCAACAGGAGAAAAUAUUAUCUGCUGAACAGGUUUCAACAUCAUUAUGCGGUUAUCCCUGAAAUGUCUAGUAUAUGUAGGACUCCAGUUUUGGAUAGAAACGAAGUUGGAGAGAACGGUUCCGAUUUGAAUAAAAAUGAGAGUGAUGCGAUAUUAGAACAGUUGAAACAGGGUUCCCUGAGCAAUGACCUGUUGGAAUCGUGUGAGAGAGCCUGGUUCAAUGCGUUGA